CCGGGGACGGGCCGGGGCGGCGGUGGCUGUUCCCGGCAGAUGAGUGAGCAUGUCGGACCGGAGCGCCCCGGGCUGCCGGCUCCGGCUGGACUGGGUCUACGGGUACCGGGGCCACCAGUGCCGCAAUAACCUGUUCUACACCGCGGGGAAGGAGCUGGUGUACUUUGUGGCCGGAGUGGGCGUGGUCUACAACACCCGCGAGCACAGCCAGAGGUUCUACCUGGGACACAACGAUGACAUCAUCAGCCUGGCGUUGCACCCAGAGCGCUCCCUGGUGGCGACGGGGCAGGUGGGGAAGGAUCCGUACGUGUGCGUGUGGGACUCGUUCACGGUCCAGACCGUGUCCCUGCUCCGUGACGGACACACCCACGGCAUCGCCUGCCUGGCCUUCAGCUCUGACGGACAGCGUUUAGCAUCGGUCGGCCUCGAUGCCAAGAACACAGUGUGUAUCUGGGAGUGGAAGAGAGGGAAGGUCCUGGCCACAGCCACCGGACACUCCGACAGGAUCUUUGACAUCUGCUGGGAUCCUUUCCAGCAGAACCGUCUGGUGAGCUGUGGAGUCAAACACAUCAAGUUCUGGUCUCUUUGUGGAAAUGCUCUCACACCCAAACGAGGUAUUUUUGGGAAGACGGGCGACCUGCAGACCAUCCUGUGCAUCGCCUCGGCUAAAGAUGACAUCACAUACUCUGGGGCUCUAAACGGUGACAUUUAUGUCUGGAAGGGGCUCAACCUGAUCCGAACCAUCCAGGCUGCACAUGGGGCCGGUAUCUUCAGCAUGUUUUCCUGUGAGGAGGGUUUCGCCACCGGAGGUAGAGACGGCUGCAUCCGACUGUGGGACGUCGACUUUAAACCAAUCACCAAGAUCGACCUGCGGGAGGCGGAGCAGGGAUAUAAAGGUCUAUCUAUUCGCAGCGUUUGCUGGCGAGCCGACCGGAUCCUGGCAGGAACGCAGGACAGUGAGAUCUUUGAGAUCAUGGUGAGAGACAGAGACAAACCACUGCUCAUCAUGCAGGGACACAGUGAAGGUGAACUCUGGGCGCUGGACGUUCACCCCAAAAAGCCUCUGGCCGUCACCGGCAGCGACGACCGCUCAGUCAGGUUAUGGAGUCUGGUGGAUCACACCCUCAUCGCCCGCUGUAACAUGGAGGAGGCGGUGCGGAGUGUGGCGUUCAGCGUGGAUGGAGCUCAGCUGGCUCUGGGCAUGAAAGAUGGAUCCUUCACUGUGUUGAGAGUCAGAGACAUGACAGAAGUUGUUCAUAUCAAAGACAGGAAGGAGGUGAUCCAUGAAAUGAAAUUUUCCCCAGACGGAGCGUACCUUGCUGUGGGCUCCAACGAUGGACUUGUCGAUAUCUACGCUGUUGCCCAAAGAUACAAAAAAGUAGGAGAGUGCAGUAAAUCCACCAGUUUCAUUACACACCUGGACUGGUCUCUGGACAGUAAAAUCCUGCAGACCAAUGAUGGAGCUGGAGAACGCCUCUUCUACCGAAUGCCCAUGGGGAAGGCAGUCGUCAGUAAAGAGGAGGUCAAAGGUCAACGUUGGGCUUCCUGGAGCGGUAUCCUGGGGUCUGAGGUCAGCGGCAUUUGGCCCAAAUACUCAGACACAACUGAGGUCAAUGCUGUGGACGCCAACCUAGCAUCGUCAGUUCUAGUUUCCGGGGAUGAUCUGGGCCUCGUAAAGCUCUACCGCUUCCCCUGUCUGAGGAAAGGAGCCAAAUUCAAGAAAUACAACGGCCACUCAGCCCACGUGACCAAUGUCCGCUGGUCACAUGAUCUACAGUGGGUGCUAACCACAGGCGGGGCUGACCACGCCCUCUUUCAGUGGAGGUUCCUACCAGAGUCUGUCAUGAAUGGAGGAAUUGACAUCAAUAUACAAGACAGUCAUGGAGAUUCCAACAGUGAGGAGUCGGACAGCGACUUGUCCGAUGUCCCCGAACUCGACUCCGACAUUGAACAGGAGACACAGAUCAACUAUGACAGACAGGUGUAUAAAGAGGACCUGCCUCAGCUCAGACAGCAGAGCCGAGAGAAGAAGCAGCAGGUGGGAUCUCUGAAGAGACAGCGAGGACCAGACCAAGGCCUCCGGCUGCAGUUUGUUCAUGGGUACCGUGGAUACGACUGCAGGAACAACCUCUUCUACACUCAGGGUGGAGAGGUGUUGUACCAUGUGGCGGCGGUGGGUGUGGUCUACAACCGUCAGCUCCACAGCCAGCGCUUCUACCUCGGCCACGAUGACGACAUCCUGAGCCUCAGCAUCCACCCUCUGAAGGACUACGCCGCUACAGGACAGGUGGGGAGGGACCCGGCUAUCCAUGUGUGGGACGUCCAGACGUUGAAGUGUCUGUCUCUGCUCAAAGGAUUUCAUCAGAGAGGAGUGUGUGCUCUGGACUUCUCAGCCGAAGGAAAGACUUUGGUCUCAGUUGGAGUCGAUGACGGACAUACAGUUGUAGUUUGGGACUGGAAGAGAGGAGAAAAACUCGCAACUGCAAGGGGUCAUAAGGAGAAGAUAUUUGUGGUCAAGUGUAAUCCCAUGUUGAUGGACAAACUGGUCACUGUGGGAAUGAAACACAUCAAGUUCUGGCAGCACACAGGGGGUGGUCUGACCUUCAGGUGUGGCGUGUUCAGAAGCGCAGGUCGGCCAGAGACAAUGAUGUCAGUGUGUUACGGCCGCAGCGAGGCGUUGGUGUUCUCCGGCGCUGCCACCGGAGAUGUUUACAUCUGGAAAGAACCGCUGCUGCUGAAGACCAUCAAGGCCCAUGAUGGCCCGGUGUUCGCCAUGUUCUCCCUGGACAAGGGAUUUGUGACGGGUGGAAAGGACGGCGUGGUGGAGCUGUGGGACGACAUGUUCGACCGCUGUCUGAAAACCUAUGCCAUCAAGAGGGCGGCGCUGUCCCCGGGCUCCAAAGGGCUGCUGCUGGAGGAUAACCCAUCCAUCAGGGCCAUCACUCUGGGUCAUGGUCACAUCCUGGUAGGAACCAAAAAUGGAGAAGUUCUGGAGAUCGAUAAGACGGGGCCGAUGACUCUGCUGGUGCAGGGCCACAUGGAGGGGGAGGUCUGGGGUCUGGCCACCCACCUCCUCCCCGUCUGUGCCACCGUCAGUGACGACAAAACCCUUCGGCUGUGGGAGACGUCAGUCAAUCACCGCAUGGUCGCCGUCCGGAAGCUGAAGAGAGGCGGUCGAUGCUGUGCCUUCUCUCCUGACGGGAAGGCGUUGGCGGUGGGUCUGAGCGACGGCGGCAUUCUGGUGGUAAACGCUGACACGCUGGAGGAUCUGCUGAGCUUCCAUCAUCGCCGUGAUGCCAUCUCUGACAUCCGCUUCAGCCCCGACUCUGGUAAAUACCUGGCGGUGGCGUCACAUGACAGCUUUGUGGACAUCUACAACGUGCUGAGCAGUAAGAGAGUGGGGACGUGUAAAGGGGCGUCCAGUUACAUCACACACAUCGACUGGGAUGUUCGAGGUAAACUGCUGCAGGUAAACACUGGAGCCAAAGAACAGCUGUUCUUCGAAGCACCGAGAGGAAAGAGACAAACCAUCCAAAACUCUGAGCUGGAGCGGGUCGACUGGUCCAGUUGGACCUGUGUUCUGGGUUCCAGCUGUGAGGGCAUCUGGCCGACACACAGCGACAUUACCGACAUCAACGCGGCAUCUCUGACCAGAGACGGAACGCUGCUCGCCACCGGAGACGACUUCGGUUUCCUCAAACUGUUCAGCUACCCCGUCAGAGGUCAGUACGCUCGCUUUAAGCGUUACGUGGGCCACAGCGCUCAGGUGACCAAUGUCCGCUGGGCUCAGGACGACUCCACCCUGCUGACAGUGGGCGGGGCCGACACCGCUCUCCUGAUCUGGGCGAGGGAACGAGGGGGUGGGGUCACAGGUGAGGGGGAGGGGCCUUCAUUUCAGGACAACCGCCCACCUGUGGACAGUGAGGAGUCAGAUGAUGACAUCGAGGAGGAUGGAGGCUAUGACAGCGAUGUUGCCCGGGAGAAGACUGUGGAUUACACCACCAAGAUGUACGCCUCCAGCAUCCGAGAGAUGAGAGGAACCAAACCCCAUCAGCAGCUGAAGGAGCUGUCGGCUGAGGAGAGGCAGGGCAUUGUCAAGGGAUCCAGGCCUCCAGUGAGUCGAGCAGCGCCACACCCAGACAAACUGCAGAAGAACAACGUCAUGAAGAAGAAGAGAGUAGUCGAGGAUCUGGUGUUGGAUCAUGUGUUUGGUUUUCGAGGCUUCGAUUGUCGUAACAACCUUCACUACCUCAACGACGGCACAGACAUCGUCUACCACACCGCCUCCGUGGCUGUCGUCCACAGUCUGAGCACCGGAACUCAGAGUUUCUACAUGGAGCACACUGACGACAUCCUGUGUCUGACCAUCAACCAACACCCGAAAUACAAGAACACCAUCGCUACUGGACAGAUCGGUGACGUCAGUGAGCUCCCAGGCACCACCCCCUCCAUCCAUGUGUGGGAUGCGAUGAGUAAACAGACUUUGUCCAUCCUCCGCUGUCCUCACACUAAAGGCGUCAGCUACGUGAACUUCAGCGCUACGGGGAAGCUGCUGCUGUCUGUGGGAGUGGAACCUGAACACACCAUCAGUGUGUGGCGCUGGCAGGAAGGAUCCAGAGUCUGCAGUAAAGCCGGACAUCCGGACCGGAUCUUCGUGGUGGAGUUCCGUCCAGAUUCAGACUCACAGUUUGUGUCGGUGGGAAUCAAACACGUCAAGUUCUGGACGCUGGCCGGUGGGGCGCUGAUGUACAAGAAAGGCGUGGUGGGGACGGUGGAGGACGGCAGGAUGCAGACCAUGCUGUCGGUCGCCUUCGGUGCUAAUAACCUGACGUUCACAGGUGCUAUUAAUGGCGACGUGUACGUGUGGAGGGAUCACUACCUGCUGAGGGUGGUGGGAAAGGCCCACACUGGCCCCGUUUUCACCAUGUACACCACCCUGAGAGAUGGACUCAUCGUCACCGGAGGAAAAGAGCGGCCGACUAAGGAGGGUGGAGCAGUGAAGCUCUGGGAUCAGGAGAUGAAACGAUGCCGCGCGUUUCAGCUGGAGACGGGUCAACAGGUGGAGUGUGUCCGCUCCGUCUGCAGAGGAAAGGGUAAGAUCCUGGUCGGGACGAAGGAUGGCGAGAUCAUCGAGGUCGGGGAGAAGAACGCGGCAUCCAACCUGCUGCUGGACAGUCACGCCCGGGGGGGGAUCUGGGGUCUGAGUGCCCAUCCCGCCAAAGAGCUGUGCAUCACAGCCAGCGACGACUCCACCAUCAGGCUCUGGGACCUCACAGAUAAGAAACUGUUGAAUAAGGUGUGUGUCGGCCACGCCGCCCGCUGUGUGAGCUACAGCGCAGAUGGUGAGAUGCUGGCAGUGGGGAUGAAGAACGGCGAGUUCCUCCUCCUCCUCGCCAACUCAUUAAAGAUGUGGGCCAAGAAACGGGACCGCAGCGCCGGCAUCCAGGACAUCCGGUUCAGUCCAGACCGGCGGCUCCUGGCGGUGGGUUCUGUGGAGAACACAGUGGAUGUGUACGAUGUUGGAGGAGGUCCGAGUCUGAACCGGCUGGUUUACUGCACCGACAUCCCCUCCUUCAUCCUGCAGAUGGACUUCUCUGCAGACAGCGGCUACAUACAGGUGUCUACAGGUGCGUAUAAGCGUCAGGUGUUUGAGGUUCCAUCGGGGAAGCUGGUAAACGACCAGACCGUCAUCGACAGAAUCACCUGGGCGACCUGGACCAGUGUUUUGGGGGAGGAGGUUUUGGGGAUCUGGCCUCGGAAUGCAGACAAAGCGGACGUCAUCUGUGCUUGUGUGUCCCACGCCGGCCUCAGUAUCGUCACCGGGGACGACUUUGGACUGGUGAAGCUGUUCGACUUCCCCUGCACAGACAAGUUUGCCAAACACAAGCGUUACCUGGGCCACUCUGCCCAUGUGACCAACAUCCGCUUCUCCCACGACGACAAGUAUGUGAUUAGUACAGGAGGAGACGACUGCAGUGUGUUUGUGUGGAAAUGCCUGUAACCAUGGAAACCUGUGAUGCAAACGCCUUAACAGAACCACAAGUGGAUCCACUGGGACUCAAACCCACAACCGUUUCACACCAGAGUCUGA